AUGCGUGAGCAGCAUUUGGUCACGUGUCUGCAACCGUGUAGGCGUGAGCGGAUAACGAUAAAGAGCCUGCAAAGGAGGAAUAGUUACUUUUUGCGCGACGCUCUCUUCAAAGCGGAUUUUGCCACGCCAGACUCCCCAGCCACGUUGCGCUUUCUGGACCUCCGUUUCGCAGCAGGUUUCUUGCUCGCCCCGACUUUCCUGUUCUUCGCUGGGGAUGACCGACCAGUUGCGGACUUGCUGCGCCUAGACCUUCGCCUCUUGCUCUUCCCUGACGUCGCCUUCCUUGCCCUUGACCUCCUAGUCGUGGCGCUUGCACUUCUAGCCCUCGAGCGCGAUGACGGGCGGCGCCUAGUGCGCCUCCUCGUUCUUCGCUUUGCCGGAGUCGCGGAAGACGACCUGGAACGGCUCCUGGAGGCAGCAGCCCUGUUCCUUUUACGUCCCCGGACUCGAGAGGGGGACGCCAUGGAGGCGCCCUCGCCUACCACGCUGGUGGAUGCGGGUGCCAUGAGAAAAGAUUUAGUCCGCCUGGCCUGGACGUUCUCUCUGCCUAGGCGGUCUUGGCAUAGGACCUCGUCCUACUUACGGACUGGCUGCUGUUUGCUCUCGUGCCGGAACCCCGAGGGCAGGCGACGUCGAACGCCGAAGAGGAACGCGGACGCUCUCUGGAUGUCAGCCAGGCGCGCCAAGGGCGUCGUAGCCUCCUCUUGGGGACUGCUGGCCGGUUCUUGA